AUGAUGAAAAACCUGUCCGAAUCGCUUCUUCCGCAGCCACCAAGCUUCAACAAGAAGAGGUCAUACGAUGUGCACCAGGUCCUCGGCACCGGCACGUUUGGGAAGGUCAUGAGAGCGACUUGGCAUGUGCCAGCAGACCAAAUCGCUGUGGCAGAGCGGGGAGCAGCCGCGGAGACCGACUCUUUCCAACUCUCCAAUAAGUCGAAGCCGACGCUCUCGAUCAAGAGUUUGAGUAUCUCUCGACCCUCGUCUCCAGGCCCAGGAGAUAAAACGCUUAGCGGGAUAACGAAGGAGGUGGCUCUGAAGAUCAUCCCCAAGAAGAAAGUUAAGGGAAAUGAAGCGAGCGUGUGGGGAGAGAUGGAGGUUCUCAAGGGACUGGAUCAUCCCAACAUUGUCAAAUUCUACGAGUGGUUCGAGUCACGCACGAAGUAUUAUCUUUCGUUUGAACUCGCUGUUGGAGGGGAGCUGUUUGAGAGAAUUUUGAAGCAAGGAAAGUUUACGGAACAGGACGCGGUUGCGGUCGUGAGAUCAGUACUUAAAGGUGUCAGCUACCUUCAUGAUCACGAUAUCGUGCAUCGGGAUCUUAAACCAGAGAACAUCCUUUAUCGGACCAAGGACACAGACAGCGAUAUUGUUAUUGCUGACUUUGGAAUUGCAAAGCACCUGCACUCGCCUGACGAACAACUCCAUUCGCUUGCUGGAAGUUUUGGAUAUGUUGCUCCGGAGGUGUUGCUGAAGGAAGGUCAUGGGAAACCGGUGGAUAUGUGGGCAAUUGGAAUCAUCACCUAUGUGCUCCUUUGCGGGUACUCACCUUUCCGGUCGGACGAUGUAAAGAUAUUGAUCAAGGAGACGACUGUGGCGAAGAUUGAUUUCCAUGACCGGUAUUGGAAGAAUGUCUCUGACGAAGCGAAGAACUUUAUCAGGUUGCUAUUAAGGCCAGACCCAUCAGAAAGACCAACAGCUACACAAGCUGUGAACGAUGCCUGGUUAACUACCCACGAAGCCUCUGUCGAGCAUGACCUCUCCAGCGGCCUGCGUGAUCACUUCGACCCCAAAGCCCGCUGGCGGUCCGCCAUCGCAUCUGCUCGCGCCAUUUCCCGCCUCAACUCCUUCGGCAGAGCAAGCACCGGCUCCAGCGGUGGCUGGCUGCACGAAGACACGUCCGACGAUGAAGCCAGUUCCUCCGUUCCUCUGCAGCUGCAGAAGGACCCCGGCGCAAACGAGUUUGUCAAGGUCAUUGCCCCAGCGGAAGAAGCUGCUCCUGUUACUGCGACACAAGCGACUGCUCUACCUGCGCCGAAACCGACCGAUGCUCAUGAAGUGAAGAGGGAAAACCAUACAGCAGCACAUCCGCCAGUUCAGGAGAAGAACCUGCCGUCGAGUGUCUUUACGGAGGGUGCACAGAUUCAUGCAGAGCCCGAGGGCGACCCAGACGACGACGACCCAGACAUCCGUAUGCCUGGAUCUUUCGACAUGUCGGGUCCUCCCACCACCGGACCUGUUGGGCAAGCUGGAGGCUGGGUUGAGAUGCUGAAGAGGCUAAACCUCAAAUACUUCUUUAUCUCUUUUAUUUUGGUACUAUUAUCAAGUCGUAUGAAAUAG